AUGGGCGGAGUGAGGAAACACCAUGUUAGUUUCGGGGUCACGUUGACCAUUUCUAAAUUUGAGAGUAAAGCAGGGCCAGAGGUACGUAAGUACUUCAGAGAGGUCGAUCGAGCCCUCAAGGUUAGAGACGAAGACGAAACCGACCGAUCACAGUUCAGGUGUGCAUGGAAGUGUGGUAAGGUGAAUGUCGACAGCCUCCAGAUCCUUGACACUAUGCUCAGAGAAUACGACAGAAGGGCGACACCAACCAACUAUUUAAAUAAUGCCACAACUGUAAACUGUGAACUUUACAUACGAAGUUUUGGCUCCAUCGAUCCCAACUCAAUGGAUUAUGCUGUGGAUCUGUACUUAAGACAAGCGUGGGUAGACGAGCGCCUCAACCACGCAAACAUCACCCAGCCGCUUGAUCUUAAUGACCCUAACCUAGUGAAGGCCAUAUGGAAGCCUGAGGUCUACUUCCCCAACGCAAAAGAUGCUGAGUUUCAGUUCGUAACUGUUCCCAACGUUCUAGUGAGGAUCAACCCAAUGGGAGAGAUCCUGUAUAUGCUCAGGUUGAAGCUGGUGUUUGCGUGCAUGAUGGAGCUCUCCAAAUUCCCACUCGACUCUCAAGUCUGCACGAUGGAGAUUGCCAGCUUUUCUAAGACGAUGAAGGAGCUGAAAUUGCUGUGGAAGAGCGACGUCCCCAUCAAGAUGUACAAGAACAUGAGGAUGCCGCAGUUUGAGAUUGAGAAGAUCGUACCAACAACCUGCCAGGAGUCAUUUCAAAUAGGUAACUACAGCUGUCUCGUGGCGGAGUUUCACAUGCGUCGCGCCAUCGGCUUCCACCUGGUACAGAGUUACCUGCCCACGAUCCUCAUCGUGGUCAUCUCGUGGGUCUCCUUCUGGAUGGAUGUUGACUCCGUCCCAGGCCGAACUACCUUAGGCGUCACCACUCUCCUCACUGUCUCCUCCAAGUCCUCAGGGAUCCAGGCCGGGCUGCCUCAGGUCUCCUACGUCAAGGCCAUCGACGUGUGGAUGGGCGCCUGCACAGCCUUUGUGUUCUGCGCGUUAUUGGAGUUUACUCUGGUCAACUACCUUUGGCGGCGGCGGCCACAGGUGGAACUGCGACCUCGAGGUGGCUCCAACGGCAUCUGCCUGGGUGACAAGUUCUCCCACACACCGAGCUACACCCACAAGUCCACACCCACGCCCAGUCCCGUGGACGCCAAGGGUGUUCCCGAUAGUGGUGGGGACGUCUCACCUUGCUCUCCGCUACCUGGGAGCUCCGACUUCAAGCUGGGUGGUAUGUCUCCUGGCCAGGACGACAAGGCGCUCGUGUCGGCCAACUUCGCUCGAUCCUUCAGCCAGAGCAACAAGAUCAGGGCUCGCCAGAUCGACGAAUACUGCCGUCCUGCAGCAGCUCGGGAUUCUGUUGGUGAAAUGGCAACUAGUAUGCCUACUGAUAUGGGAGAGGAGGAACAACGCGAAUGUUCUAAGCGCAGGAACAAUAUAAUAGUGUUUGGAGUCCCUGAGAAGGGAGCAGCACAAAUAACUCUUGUGGUGCUUGAAGCAGAAGAGGGGGAAUUCGAUGAGGAACAGGGACGGACGUGCAUGGGUUAUACACAAGGGGAAAAUAGCAAUGGCAAAGUAUACCAGCAGAGAACCAUGGAACAGCAGGACACCCCCACCCGCUUUAUUUCCCACCCAGGAGGAAGUGAGCGUCAUAGUGCGGAGGUUGAAACCCUACUCAAAGUACAUCAACCCGAAAUAGUAGGUGUUCUAGAACUGUUGUACAAUAACAGGAAAAUCGACCCGGAAGAAUGUGAGUUCAAUAUUGACGGAUAUGACUUCUUUAGGAACCUUUCUCAAGCAAUUUGCAAGAGGGGUGUGGUGAGAAUGUUGAAAGAGGAUGAUUUUGAAGAAUCAAAGUGGUGUAAAAUUAAACUAAAGUGA